AUGGCGUCUGCCUCCUCUGCAGCUCGUGUAUCCAAGUAUGACGUCUUCCUCAGCUUCCGAGGAGCAGACACACGCAAAACCAUCGUCAGCCAUUUAUACGCAGCACUUGAAAGCAGAGGAAUUGUUACCUUCAAAGACGACCAAAGGCUUGAGAUAGGCGAUCACAUUUCCGACGAACUCCGAAGAGCACUAAGGGGUUCCAGUUUCGCCGUCGUGGUUCUCUCCGAGAACUACGCUACUUCAAGGUGGUGCUUAAUGGAACUUGAACUGAUAAUGGAGUUUAUGAAGGAAGGAACACUUGAAGUCUUUCCGGUCUUUUAUGGAGUGGAUCCUUCCGCCGUGAGGCAUCAGCUAGGAAGUUUCUCUUUAGAAAAGCACCAAGUUGCAAAAAUGGCGGAUAAGGUUCACAGGUGGAGAGACGCUCUUAAGCUAAUCGCCAAUCUUUCAGGCGUGGAUUCAAGACACUGCGUGGAUGAGGCUGUAAUGGUUGGAGAAAUUGCGAGAGAUAUUUCAAGACGUGUGACACUGAUGCAUAAAAUAGACUCCGGGAAUAUUGUUGGGAUGAAAGCUCACAUGGAAGGUCUUAAUCAACUCUUGGAUAUGGAAUCUAGUGAGGUUCUUAUGGUUGGAAUCUGGGGGAUGGGAGGGAUUGGGAAAACCUCCAUUGCCAAGUGUCUAUAUGACCAGCUCUCACCUAAAUUCCCAGCUCGUUGUUUCACUGAAAACAUUAAGAGUAGUGUUAGUAAAGACCAUGACCAUGAUCUGAAGCACUUGCAAAAGGAAAUGCUCUGCAAUAUCCUCUGUGAUGAUAUCAGGUUAUGGAGCGUGGAAGCUGGACGCCAAGAGAUAAAGAAGAGACUUGGGCAUCAAAAGGUUUUUCUUGUGCUUGAUGGUGUGGAUAAAGUGGCGCAAGUGCAUGCCUUGGCAAAAGAGAGAAACUGGUUUGGUCCUGGGAGCCGAAUCAUCAUAACCACUCGAGACAUGGGCUUGCUCAACACCUGUGGAGUAGAGACUGUUUACGAGGUGAAUUGCAUGGAUGAUAAGGAUGCCCUUCACAUGUUUAAACAGAUUGCUUUUGAAGGAAGAGGACUUCCUACUUCUCAUGGUUUUGAACAGAUCUUAGUCCGAGCUUCCAAGCUUGCACACGGGCUUCCUUCAGCUAUUCAAGCCUAUGCUUUCUUUCUCCGUGGAAGGACGGCGGCUCCUGAGGAGUGGGAAGAUGCAAUAGGUGCACUUGAGAGCAGUCUUGACGAGAACAUAAUGGAGAUCUUGAAAAUUAGCUACGAGGGGUUACCAAAACCACACCAGAAUGUGUUCCUUCAUGUUGCCUGUCUCUUCAAUGGAGACACUCUCCAGCGUAUCACUUCCCUUCUUCAUGGCCCUAUACCUCAGAGCAGCCUGUGGAUAAGAGUUCUGGCAGAGAAAUCUCUCAUCAGAAUAUCAACUAACGGAUCUGUAAUCAUGCAUAAGCUGGUAGAACAAAUGGGAAGAGACAUCAUCCGUGACGACAGGUCUUUGGCUCGAAAAUUCCUCAGGGAUCCAGAACAAAUCCGGUAUGCGCUUGCUUUGAGAGAUGGAGCAGAACAAACUGAAUGCAUGUCCCUACACACGUGUGAGAUGACCUGUGCAUGGUCCAUUAAGGCCAGUGUCGUUGGCCGUAUGCAUAAUCUCAAGUUUCUCAAGGUCUACAAGCAUGUAGACUACAGAGAGUCAGAGCUACAACUCAUUCCAGACCAACAUUUCCUGCCUCGUAGCCUACGGCUAUUCCAUUGGGAUGCAUUUCCACUGGGAACCCUCCCUUCCGGUACUGAUCCAUGCUUUCUUGUUGAAAUCAAUCUGCGUCACAGUAAUUUAGAAACGCUCUGGACUGGAACACCGAUGCUGAGGAGUUUGAAGAGACUAGAUGUGACGGGAUCGAAGUAUCUCAAGCAACUUCCAGAUCUUUCAAGUAUCACGAGUCUUGAGGAAUUGGUUCUUGAACACUGCACGAGACUGGAAGGCAUUCCAGAGUGUAUUGGGAAAAGGUCUUCCCUGAAGAAGCUCAAGUUAUCCUACUGUGGAGGGCUUAGAAGUGCCUUGAGGUUUUUCAUAUGGAGAUCUACGAGGCAGCAACAUAUUGGACUGGAGUUCCCUGACGCAAAAGUAAAAAUGGAUGCACUUAUAAACAUAUCGAUUGGGGGAGAUAUAAGUUUUGAGUUUUGCUCAAAGUUUAGAGGAUAUGCUGAAUACGUCUCUUUUAGUUCAGAGCAACAUAUCACAAUUACAUCGACGAUGAGUCUGCAGCAAGCUCCUUGGCCCAUCUCAGAGUGCAACAGAUUCAAUUCCCUUAGUAUCAUGAGGUUCAGCUACAAAGAAAACGGUGAAUCUUUCUCCUUUGACAGGUUUCCAGAUUUUCCUGACCUGAAAGAGAUAAAACUAGUCAACUUAAACAUCCGGAGAAUCCCAUCUGGGAUUGGUGGGAUUUGUGAUUUGGAGUUCCUAGAGAAGCUGGACCUCAGUGGAAAUGAUUUUGAGAACUUGCCAGAGGCCAUGAAUAGCCUCUCCAGGUUGAAAACUCUCUGGCUUCGAAACUGCUUCAAACUCAGGGAGUUGCCAAAGCUAACUCAGGUGCAGACAUUGACACUUACCAACUGUAGGAACCUCAGAUCAUUGGUGAAAGUAUCUGACACAAGUCAAGAUCGGAGAAGAUACUGCUUGCUUGAGCUUUGCCUUGAAAACUGCAAUAGUGUUGAGUCAUUGUCAGAUCAGCUUAGUCAUUUCACCAAGUUGACAUAUUUAGAUCUCAGCAGCCAUGAUUUUGAGACAUUGCCAUCAAGCAUCAGAGACCUUACCUCAUUGGUAACUCUUUGCCUCAAUAACUGCAAGAAACUCAAAUCAGUGGAAAAACUGCCCAUGAGUCUCCAGUUUCUCGAUGCACACGGCUGUGAUUCCCUUGAAGCUGAUUCUGUACAGCAUUUUAAAGACAGACCAAACCAAGAGGUACAGUCCUGCUUCAAAGAAACUGAGAUGCCGAGUUAUUAUGUCAUGAAUCACCAAGCCACACGGAGUCACCAAAUCAUCCGCCUUUCCAAGAUGGCAGCUGCGCUCAUGUUUCUAGGCAUUCCUAUCUGCAUCACGCUAGUGGCUUUUCUUGUCGUUUUUCUCCUGCGUGUUCCUGUCACCAGGCUCAAACCAGAUGUUUAA